UCUAGGAAGCAAAGAGCUAGUAGAGAGGGCAGAGAGAAGUUUCUAAUUGGAGCGCCACUUCAGACUUUGAGCCCGGUCACACUCGGCUCGGUUACAAUAUUCGUGCGAAGCCAACCUGUUUGAUGGUGGACCUUGAUAAGCAGCAUACACCGUCUGCCUUCGUUAUGUUCUGCAUUGAGGUGCGUGAUUAACGUACUUCCGAUUGCCGGUAACCGUCUGGCGUUAUCUGGUGGGAUUGUUGAGUAUAAAAUGGCGGUCUAAGCCCGUCUCGCCAACGGUAGUGUGACAGGUCAGGUCUGACAACGGAGCUAUGCUCCCCCAACUAGCAGCAAUCCGCUGUACGGGCAUCACGGUUAUCGCAUUGCUUGCGAUGAACCAUGCAGUCACGGCGCAGAAGUAUGAGGUACAUCUGGACAAGCUGGAACGGUUGGAUAGCGAUGGGGAUUACUUCACCUACAACUACACCUUCGAGAAGAUAUCCGAACUGAAGAUCAGCUUUUCGGCCAACGUUCACCAGCACAAGGAGCUGGACGAUAGCUACACCGUCAAGGCGAUGAUAGCACGGGCCGAGCUGGCCGAAGAGAGCGAGUACGAGAUGAUGAUCGAUCUGCGCAAACCACUCUGCGAUUGGAUGCGGACCAUUUACAGGACGUACUUCUACGACGAGCUGAAACCGGUGAGCAAUAUGCCACCUCCGGAGACGUGCCCGUUGCCGGUGGCCGAGUAUUGGAUGAAGGAGUACGUGUUCGAUGCCGAGCCGUAUCAGGACAUGAUGACCGAGGGUCGGUGGAAGACGGAAAUGAUGCUAAUGAAAGGGGAUGAAGUUUGUGCGGGGAUCAUUAUGUUGUCCACCGUCAAACCGGCUGCCUAACUUGGGUGCAUAGCAUAGCAUAUCGUAUCCUUACUAAAUACAUUUGCACAUUGUAGUACA